CCAUUUCGCGCAGCGCCUCCCCGCAGCGCCCGGGCCGCCGCAGCCGCCAUGACGGACCGCUACACCAUCCACAGCCAGCUGGAGCACCUGCAGUCCAAGUACAUCGGGACGGGCCACGCCGACACCACCAAGUGGGAGUGGCUGGUGAACCAGCACCGGGACUCGUACUGCUCCUACAUGGGCCACUUCGACCUGCUCAACUACUUCGCCAUCGCCGAGAACGAGAGCAAGGCGCGCGUCCGCUUCAACCUCAUGGAGAAGAUGCUGCAGCCCUGCGGGCCGCCCGCCGACAAGCCCGACGAGUCCUAGCCCGCCCCGCCCGGGUCCCGGCCCCGGCCCCGGGGCGGUGUGCCGUAGGGGCGGGUUGGCCGGAGCGAGCGGCGGCAGCGCAGAGGCCGCUCCUCCGUGCGGGGCGCGGUGCCGGCCCACCUGGGCUCCGCUGGGGUCGCCUGCCUACCAGCCGAGACCGAGACCGGCACCGCUGGGCUGCCGUUACGCCCGCGGGAAGGUCCGAGGAGCUGCCCCAGUUAGCACGGAGAGCGUUGGCGUCUGCGGCCCUCCGUCCUCGUGGUCCCUCCGCUUUCGUGUGUUGUUCCCUCGAAGGACUCUGAGGGGGAGAAGUCGUGUAAAAUACCUGCUUCCGGACAGCUUCGAUUCUUUUAACUGUACAAUCGUUCGGAUUUUUUAAAAUGGGAAAUAAUAAAACUUACUGGGCAUUUCUCAUGUUUCGCUUGCUAA